UUGUAUUACCUACUAGACUUUAUUUUCAUAAUAAUAAUUAUGUAAACGUAUCUAAAGUGAUUGACAUUUUAAUGCCUUCAAGAGAUGUCUCACACAUAAUUAUUGAUUUGCAAGAGGUAAACAAAGGUUAUGUUAAAAGUUUGGCGUAAGUAUAAACAAUUUGAUUUAAACACAAAUAAGUCGUCAAUGGAAUAGGCCGUGAAAUCACAUAAAAUGUGGAAUUAUUUAUUAUUUGUGAGUUUGUUCGCUUUUGCAAAUGCUGUUCCAGUUCCUUUUAUAAUUAAAUGCAAUGCAAGAGACGUGAAAUGCCUGACGAAUACUACUAACGCAGCUAUUCCAAUAUUUGCUGCGGGAAUCCCUGAGUACGGAGUGGAAACACUGGACCCACUAUUCUUCGAGACCAUAGACUCAUCAAGUCUGAACAUUAAACUGAUAAUGUAUAACACCACUGUCAGAGGUCUUAGAAAUUGUAAGGCGAGGACGGUACAGUAA